UAACUCGCACCUUGCGCUAUGACUAUAGUAUGUUUCAUGGUCUUUUCGCUGCACAGUGCGUGCAGCUAAAGAAUAGCUGGGAUCCUCUGAUCCUUCAGUGUCCACUGUCAAAUGCCUGAAAAUUACGAACGAUAGGCGAGCCCCAGUUAGACUAACUCAUGGCCAUCGUCGUCAGGGAAACAAAUAGCCCUACCUAACGUGUUCAAGGAUGUUGCCUGCGUCUGGUUUAUACAGUCGAUAUUUCCAUCGUUCUUUGUGCUAGAUACUUUGUAUAUUCAAAUCGUCUGACAUGGCUUCUACUGGAUCUCCGUUCGACAUUCCGUUUGACAAGCUGCCAAACCCUAAGCAGGUCUGGGUGGGAAGCCCCGGCAGCCAUGAGGAAGGGCUGGGCAAGCUUGCCUUGCUAACACCCCAGGUGGUCGCCCAGGCAGCGUCGGCCGAGAUCAAGACGGGGCGCCGAGUCACCAUGGGGUGGGAAAUGACCAAAUUGGACUUUCCCAAUCUCAAUCGUCAGCCCUGCCAGCAUCAGAUCGUGCCCCUUCUGGGGGGUAUUGCCUUUGAUGACAUUUAUUCAAUGAAUCCUCAGCAAAGCAGUCAAUGGGAUGGUCUGCGCCACUUCUCCCAAACUGUGCCUGGCCAAAGCCAGCGGGUGUUCUAUGGCGGAACGACUUCCCAAGAAAUCAAUGAUCGGGGGAAUGAUCGGAUCGGGCUUCAGCAUUGGGCGCAGGAGGGAAUUGCCGGCCGUGGUGUACUGAUUGACUAUGCAUCCUGGGCGGAAAAAAGGGGGCUCAAAUAUACCACCUUUUCGACUCACCAAGUGCGCUUGCAGGAUCUCCUGGAGAUCGCAAAGGAGUGCAACAUCACUUUCCAGAAAGGCGACAUCUUGUUUGUGCGCAUCGGCGUCAUCAAGGAAUGGGACACCAUCAUGACUACAGCCCAGAAGCAGGAGUACUCGGACAACCAGAACCCCGAGCAUGCGGGGGUGGAAGCCACCACCGCUGUUCUACGAUGGAUCUGGGAUACCGGCUUCUCUGCCAUUGCGGGUGAUGCUAUUAGCUGGGAAGUGUAUCCGCCUCAGAAUCCCGAUAUCUUCCUGCACGAGUAUAUCAUUGCUGGAUGGGGCAUGCCCAUCGGUGAGCUAUUCGACCUCGAGGCUCUUGCUCGCACCUGUGAAGAACUCCACCGGUGGACCUUUUUCGUAGCAUCGACACCAUUCAACAUGCCUGGAGGAGUUUCUUCGCCACCGAAUAUGAUGGCAAUCUUCUGAUUAAUUUCUCAUCCUUUUCUUUUUCAAAAAUAAAAAAUAAACAACAAAGAACAGAUCUUUCUUCCAUUCUGAGUUUACUUUUUUAUCCCUCAUGCGGGUGCCAUGAGGGGGUGUUUAUUGCUCGCUUAAUCCCACCCAACUCGAUCAUCGUUCCUUCGACUCUCUUGAGAAGUACUCCGUACCAGAAUGAUCGCUAGUUAGAAAACAACACAGACAACAGUGGAGACAGUGAGAUAUGAACACUCAAAGUUGGAAGAUUGUCCGAAUCGCCAGAUGACAGAGGACAGCACAAGGAUGAACCGGCACCACGGCACCACGAAACGAACGGCACGAAAAAACCAAU